AUGCUUCUCACUCGCACGCUGCGUACUCUGCCACGCGCUCAGGCGUACAAUGCGAUCCGCACGCUGUCCACCGGCGCGCCCGACAUCCAGCGGUUGACCGUCUUCGGCGGGGGGUUGAUGGGAGCCGGUAUCGCUCAGGUCGCGGCGCAGGCGGGUCUCAAAGUCGCGAUCGCAGACUUGUCGGACGAGGCGCUCGAGAACAGUCGCAACAUUAUCACAAAGUCCUUGACCCGCAUUGCGCGCAAGAAGAACCCCGACGACUCGGCAGCCCAGAAGCAGUUCGUCGACGGCGUCUUUGCCAACCUCACGACAACCACCUCUGCGCAAGAAGCGAUCGCCAAUUCGGACCUGGUCAUUGAAGCCAUUGUCGAGAACUUGGCGACCAAGCAGGAGCUGUUCCGCAGGCUGGACGGCAUGGCGGACCCGAAGACCAUCUUCGCCUCGAACACAAGCUCUCUCAGCAUCCGGAAGAUCGCUGAGGUCUGCUCAGACGACAGGCGAAAACGCUUCAGCGGCGUGCACGCGUUCAAUCCAGUACCGCAGAUGAAGCUCAUCGAGAUCAUCUCGACGACCGAGACUCAGCCGGAAAUCACGGAGGCUCUUCUCGACCUUUGCAAGCGGAUGGGCAAGACUCCGGUUCAAUGCGCAGAUACCCCGGGAUUUAUCGUCAACCGCCUCCUCGUCCCUUACCUCCUCGAAGCGAUCCGCAUGGUCGAGCGCGGCGACGCGACGGCGGCGGACAUCGACACGGCGAUGAAGCUUGGUGCUGGUGUGCCCAUGGGUCCUCUUGAGCUCUCCGACUUCGUCGGCCUCGACACCCUCUCGCACAUCGCCCGCGGUUGGCGCGAAGAGCGCGUCCAGACGGGCGAGAUCGACGCCAAGCAGGUCGAGGAGAUCAAGAUCCUCGACAAGCUUGUCGCCGAGGGCAAGAAGGGCAGGAAGAGCGGAGAGGGGUUCUUCAUCUACUCGUCGUAA